AAUAUGACCCGCUCAAACGUUACAAUCUCAAACGUUACAAUAGAAUCUGGGUUUUGUAUUGCAUGAUGAGCAUGACAGACUCGGACAGCAUUCCACUUUCUGCAAUACAAAUUUCGCCAGAUUGUGGUGCGGAUUGGGACUCCAGAACUUGUCAUGCGCAAUCCUAUGGGAGUAAGCUAGAUAAUGCACUUCUUGCAACACAAAUUCCAGAUUCUAUUGUAACGUUUGAGAUUGUAACACCUCCUGGAAGGAUCAAAUUGGGUGUUGAUCCUCGUCCUCCCGCUGUUAAAAAUCUUCUUAUCUCUCGUCCUCUACUUCACAGAAGAAGCGCAAGAACUUCUAGCAGAAGUACCAGUCCGGGCGUGCGGCCGCGCCGUUCCUCCUAUCUCACACUUCUCGCAUAUGACAGUGCACAACUCCCCCUCCCCCUCAUUUGUACUAGAGCAUGAACAGAGCAAUACAAACACAAGCGCACGUAGACGAGGUACGCAUGACAAAUUUGUGACGACCCCACUGUAGAAGUACUGUUUGGGCCUCCAGGAUUUGUCAUGCAAACAGUGCUAUGAGGCAGCAGCUGGAUCAUUGGGGAUUUUGCAUUACAAAUGAGGGAGAUUGGCUGGAUUUGUGCACUUUCAUAUCGCGCGUGGCGCUGCUCGUCGGUCGGCACCUAUGCAUUGCAAAUAUGUCUGGGUCUGGAAGAGUGUAACUUCUCAUGCUACAUCUGGAUUGUGGAAAAAUUUGUGUUGCAUGAUUACCAAAAGAGGCCCACUUUUGAACAAGUUUAGAGGCAAUUUCUCAUGCAAGAACGGCAUGAUAGAGAUCUCACAGAACCUGUCAUGCUAGGCCGUGCAUGGCACAGACCGCGUGGGUCAUGGGAAACCUGCAUGACAAACCUACCAAUCUUCCAGACCCAGACACUUUUGCAUUUGAGAACAUCUUCAGGUGGACGACUACGAUCGUGGGACGACGUAGAAGUCCACGGUCGUAGUAUCCUGUGCAAAAGUAUCGUACUCCUAUAAAUGCAAGUCUUGCAUUACAAAUUAUUUUCGUAAGGUAAAUUCGCAUUACAAAUUUUAUUUCUCAUGCUGAGGAAAUUUGUAAUGCAUUUAUACGAGUGCGAUACUUUUGCAGUUCAUACGUAGUCCGAGUGUUGAAUUAUGGGACGAGGAAUUAUUAGAACAAGAUCCUGUGAACAAUCAUGGGACGACGAGGAAGAUGUUGAAUGAAACUGGGACUAUUUCCACUGCCCCCGCCGGUGUUCAAACCGAACACGGGAUGAAGACAACUUCGGACGAUGAGCCGCCGGCCGCGCCGGUCAUAGUACGGCCACCACCCUCGCCGGAACAACGACAACCUACGGAUGGUGAAGGAGAAGGAGCUGACUUUCAUCAUGAUGAUGAUGAUGAUGAUGAUGAUGAUGAUGAUGAACACGAAAGAGAAGUGAAUCCGUAUCCGAUCGUCCGCGAUAGAGGGACAUCGAUAUUAACACUCAGAAGCUUGGACGACCCAGGAGCCACCACCUCCUCGUUGCUCCAGCUCCUAUAAAAGCCUCAGGUUGGAAAUCUUCAAAGUGGAAAUAAUUUGUGACGCAAAAAAAGAAAAACGACUCCAGUUGAAGCGGCAUUUAUAGUCUGCGCAUGACAAAUUUCCCGGGCACUUAAAGCAUGUCUGUCAUGCAGGCUAAGGGAAAGGGGUGCCCUUCUGUCGUGCUAAGCAGCAUUCCAAUUCCUCAACCUUAGCAGGAUAAUAGUCGGCCUCCAUUGCGUCCUCUGCAAUACAGUCUUUUUUGCGUUGCAUUUCAUGCAUCACAAAUCAUUUCCAGUUUGAGGAUUUCCAUUCUGAGGCUUUCAUAGCUCCCACGACUUCACCUUCCCGUCCGGAUCAUUGUGGAACUGUGCACGGGCGAGUUUGCCGGCGCCUACCCGUCAAAAGACCCACUUUUUGUCCGGGUCGAGAGUGACACGGGGGAAUCUUUCGAAGACGAGCUCCUUUUUGGGCGUGCGUCGGUUUUCGGGACGCAAAAGUUCGUCAAGACCGAAAGCAAAAACAGGAGGCGAAACCUGGGCGGGCGGUUUUUGAAAGAGGUAAAAAUCGACCACAGAAAGGCGCACGACGAGUUGUUUAUGGGGGUGUCAGGAUCGAAAUCGACAAAUAAAUCGAAAAAUUUGCAGUGCGUAAAAUGUAGGGCACGGAAGGCCUGUUUUGGGGAGUAGGCAAUAAAUGGGACCGAUUGCAAGCCUGUUUAGGGGAAGAGGACGAUGCGCUGCCAGAGUAGCAUGACAGGGACAGGCUUCUACUUCUGUGCCCAAGAAACAGCACGACAGACUGGAUUUUGAUGGUGCAGCUCCCGAAAUUCGUCAUGCGCCACUUAGAAGAACAAGAAACUGAGCUUCUAAAUCUAAAUGUAAGUAACUGGUGGUAUCGAUUUUAUGCAUCUUCACAAAUGAUCCUUUCGAUUUUUUCGAUUUCGAUCCUGACACCUCCUCCAUAUUGUGUUUGCAGAGCAUAGUCGUGCAGGAGAAGGGUCAAAAGGUUGGGAAUUCCAGGGUUCUUGAGCUGUUGAAGAACCAGCAGACGUGGUUUGACUCGGAAUGGACAAGUUGGCACCGGUAUUUCGAGGACCCAACGGCUUUUUCCUUUGAUACCUCCCCGGUAAUUGAAGAGGAUGAACCAGAGGCGGAUGAAGAUCUUGAUGGCAUUUAUUUACACCGCGGUGACAGGAAGAGCAACGCUACUUCUGCCGACUCGAAAGGUCUUUUCAGCGGGGCUAAUGCGACGACGCGAGGCUUCCGUAUCCGACAUCAUGAUCCCGCCACCACGCACCAUCCGCCGCUCGUGAAUAAUCACACGACCGGCUGGGGCCACAGCUACAGUCCGUUGAGCAGCAGUACUACAGAGGGAGGAGAUCUUCAUGAUGAAAGAACGAUUAGAAACAUGAUAAAUUCGGGGUCAAUGCAGAUGAGCAGCUCCGAGGUGGACAGGAGCCUUUCGGGACAAGAACAUAGUCAGCAUGAAGACUAUAGUACGUCGUCGAACAAAACCAAGGCCGGCCACAACGACGACGAGGACCAGCAGUAUCUUGACAACUACCAGGAGAAAAAUGAUCCAAGCCACGUCACGCUUUCGUUCACCGAACUGAUCUUGCUCGGGUUCACGGUCGUGUUUAUUUUACUCUGCUCCCUUGGCAUCGUUUACGCCGUUCUUUACUUCGGGUUUGGCUACAGUUUAAGCUUUGGGAAGAGAAUAUCAAUAUCAACAAACGAAGAGCCAGAUAUUAGGGAUGAUUUUCGGACGAGCGGGGGCAGUAGCUGUGAUGAAGAUGAAAGAGGCAGAGGCCGCGCCCGCGGCUCCGCCGAGACCAACGCCGAGACCACGUCUGGUAAUUAUGACCGGGGUACUUCUAGCGGGGGCUCAAGAACUUCUACACCAACAUCCGGCAGAAAUAACGUGAACAUUGGCAGCAGGAAGACAUCAAAUAGAAAUAAACGCGCGACGACAGCAGGCCCAGGUGGCGGAACAAGAACCCCGCCUAAAAUAAAUCACCCAAUCCCAACCUUUGAUAACAUUGGUGGAAAAAAUAUUAAUGCCAAGACUGAGAAAAAGCUAUCCUGUGCAAAAGUAUCGUACUCGAACAAAUGCAUUACAAACUUCCUCAGCAUGAGAAAUGAAAUUUGUGAUGCUGAUUUACCUUAAAGAAAAGAUUUGUAAUGCAUGAUUACAAUACGAGUGCGAUACUUUUGCACAGGAUAAAAGCUGCGCUUGGACUACUGGGCGAGUAAAUUCAACUACAAUCCGGAAAACUUCCCGGACUCGAACUAUGGAAGCGUCAGAAUCGAAAUCGUCAAGGUUGAGAUGGUUUGUCAUGCAUAAAGUGCAACCCUCAAAGUGCCUGUCUUGCAGAGUAGGCAAGGGAGGCAGAUUGUAAGCCUGUUGCGGGGUAGAAAUAGAGCUGCUAAAGUAGCAUAACAAAAGGCCUCUUCCUUACCCAAACAGCAUUACAAACUGAAUUUCGGCUCUACCCAAAUUUGUCAUGCGCGGCUUAGAAAUAGGGCCUCCAACUGGUAUCGAUUUUAUGCAUUACAAGUUGUUUCAAAUUUGUCGAUUUCAAUCUUGACGCCUCCAUACGAACCAGGUCGCCCAGGGGUUUCAAGGCCAAAGUUACGAUUUGCAGAGCAGCUUUCUGCAGCAGCCGGGGGGAGUCGGUGCGCCGCAUCCAGCUCCAGGGCCUGAUUUGUUUUGGGCCAAAGAGGGCGAUAGAAAUAAAAAGUAGAAAUUAGAAUCAUGCGGCUGUUGUCGUACUGUAGUUUCUUCUUCUUGAGAAAGAUGCUGAAGAAAAAAGAGGCGAUCCAUGUUUAAGGCGUCUGUUUCAUGGUGACCCGACGCUCAUGAAAUUAACCAUGUGCUGGCGUUGACGGGACGUCGUGUAUGAAAGGUACUAUUUUGUAAG